AUGAAGACCAUCGCCUUAUUGGGCGGCAUGACGCCUGAUGUCACCGCACUCUAUUACAACAUCAUCAAUGAGCAUAUUCGCGCACAACUAGGACAGCGGCACUCCGCCAAAAUCUACAUCUACAGCGUGAAUCUCGAAGAGCAACUUCAGCGCGUGCAAGAAGGCAAGUGGGACGAAUUUGCUGCCGAGUACAUCAGUGCUGUGCAGCCACUAGCCUCCCUGGAGCAGCCGAGGGUACAAGGGGUCGCUUUGGGCGCCAUCAUUGCCCACAAAGUGUCGAAACAGAUUGCCGACGCGCUGCCACCCGUCGUACCCUUCCUCGACGUGACAGAGUUUGUGGCCAAAGAGCUUAGAAGGCUCGGCAUCACCACUGUCGGGCUCAUUGGUCCCGCGGUGACGAUGACUGAUGACUCACCAGACUUUUUCAUUGGGAAGCUCAAGGCGCGCCACGGCAUCACCGUUCUAGUGCCAGACACUGAUGCCGAGAUACAAGAGGUCAAUCGAGGUAUGUUUCAGGAGGUCGUUCGUGGACCGGCAGCGGUCACUGAGCAGACGAGGACCAUGUUCAAAGAAGCGGCGUGGAGGCUGGUUGGCCGCGGAGCCGGCGCGCUGAUCCUGGGCAGCACUGAUCUGGGCUUUGUUAUUCAAGAGCAGGAUUUGCCAGGUGUUCCGGUCCUGGACGCGGCCAAAGUCCAUGCCGUGGGGCUUGCCGAGUGGUCAAUCACAGAAUAA